AUGCCAGUCCAAGACAAUGCUCCAUCGUAUUGCUCAGCACAGCGCUGCGCGGCGCGCAUCGCCCAUCACCCCAUGCACCACGACCCCUCCGCGUCUCUCCCGCCAGCCCGCUCGCAUCCCGCGCGCCCUGCGCGGGUCUCCAAUCUCUCCUCCGCGCUCCGCGCCGCUGCCCCCGCCACCGCCGAUUCGGCAGCUUUCGGUGCGGGAAGCGAGCCUGCAGGCGCAGGCGCGGCGGAAGCAGGAGUAAACGCAGAGGUCGCGGAGGGAGGGACGGGCGGGGGCGGGGGGGCGGGUCACGCGAGUCAAGGCGGAGUGGGCGGGUUUUCGGCGGAGUCGCAGGAUUUCUGGGUGGUGAAGCACGGGUGGGGUGUGCCGACGGGCGUAGCGCGGGGAUUAGGGUUUACGGCGGCGCAGGCGGAGGCGGCGGCGGCGACCGGCAGGGAGGUGGUGGCGCCGAGGGGCGCGGGCGAGAUGGCAGCUCCAGCGGCGAUGGCGCUGCAUUCCGCGGGGACACACGGCGCGACGCACAGCGCGCACGCGCACGACGCGGCAGCGCCGGGGCUGACUAGCGGAGGCAGCGGCAGCGGGGGGGAGUGGAGCGUGCUGAAGGAGUUCGGGCGGUGGCGCAAGGACGACCCGACGACGGCCGUGGCGGUGGCGGCCGUGAAGGCGCUGACGGCCGUGAUCGAGCGCAGCGAGGCGACGACGGUGAUGGGCCUCGAGGUGGAGCUGCGCCGCGCGUGCGACGACCUCAAGCGCGAGAGCAGCGGGUGCAUAUCGCUGCGCGCGGCGUGCGACAUCUUCCUGUGCUUCGUGAGCCGCACGUCCGUGGAGGCGGACGACCUGCCCGCCGCCAGGGCGCGCCUCAUCGAGCGCGGGCAGCGCUUCAGCGGCAUCUCCCUCAACGCGCGGCGCACGAUAGCGAUGCUGGGGCAGGAGUUCAUCACGGACGGCUGCGUCAUCCUCACUCACGGCUUCUCCCAGCACAUGGCAUGGCGGACGGCAGUGCCACCCACGCACUGUCAUGCGUGCACACCCUCAUGCAUGGCUCCUUGCUUGCUUGCUCGUCCCCGUGCCAACCCUGCUUUUCAUUACAAUCUCAAGUGGAACCAAUCGGUAGAGAAGCAAAUGGCAGCACGCACAUGCCGCUCCCCUGCUGGUGCUCCCUGGCAGGUGGUGCUGGCUCUGCUGUCCGAGGCAGCUGCUCGCGGCAAGUUCUUCUCCGUCAUCGCCACCGAGGGCCGCAUGGAUGCAGCGGGGCAGCGCAUGGCAGCACAGCUGCAGCGCGGCGGGGUGCCGGUGACAGUGGUGGUGGACGCGGCCAUGGGCGUGGCGGUGGAGCGGUGCGACAUGGUGCUGUGCGGUGCGGAGGGCGUGGUGGAGAGUGGUGGAGUGCUGUCGGCGGUGGGCGUGUUCCCCCUGGCCAUGGUGGCCAAGGCCAUGGGCAAGCCCUUCUAUGUGGCCGCUGAGAGCUACAAGGUGCGUGCUCUGCUGCCCCACCCGCCCUGUAGGGAGGGGAGGGGGACAGCAAGGCAGAGGGAGAGGGGUAAACGAGAGGAGAGAGGGGAGGGGAGGGCGGGGAAGGGGGUGAGGGAAGGGAGGGAGGGGAGGGAGGGGAGGGAGGGGAGGGAGGGCAGGGAGGGGAGAGAGGGGAGAGAGGGAGGGACUACGGAAGGGAGUAAGAGAGGGAUGAAUAGGGAAGGAAGGGGAGGGGAGGAGAGGAAGAGGCUGAAGUUCGCGCGCAUGUUUCCAUUGGAUCAGAACGACUGGGAGCAGGGCAUCAGCGCACCGCCCUCCCUCACUCGCCCGCCAACCUCCCUCCCUGCUGCUGCUGACUCAGCGCGAGCAGCAGGCGUGGUGGGGGCAGAAGCAGCGCCGGUGGGGCCGAAGAGGGAGUAUGCGCCGCCGCAUGUGCUGACACUGCUGUUCACGGACCUGGGCGUGCUCACCCCCGCUGCUGUCAGUGACGAGCUCAUCCAGCUCUACCUCUGA